AUUUUGCGCUUCACCCUCAUCCCGCGUACCCGCCCCGGGCACCCUGCAGCCAACCUGGACGCCUUUCUGCAACCCAAAUGCUCUGUACUGGCAGAAAAUGGCAAAAAAGAACUUCGUCUCAAGUACGUAUCAUCCCCGUCGUCUUCACAGGCACCGCAUGUGCUUCUGGCCUCGUUGCUUGCACUCCCUCUUCCCGCCUCACGCUGCGUCUCGAUCGUAAUUGCGCCUGGCCUACUCUCAGGGGAUGUCCUGAUGGCCCCUACCAUCGAUAGCCUGCCUUGCAGCUUCCUGUGACUGCUCGUGUGCACACCUCUGCACCGCCGACUUCCUCUAUACUUAUGCCCGUAGCUGCGCACGAAGAACGGGUGCUGAUCGCGUUCCGUAGAUCCUCCAAAAUCGCAAGCUCUUCCAAUGCCGGCGUCUCACCCCGUUAUCGUAGGCGUCGCUACCGGGGCCAACCCCCUCUCGCCGGAGGACGACGAGGACGACAUAUGUCCCGUCUGCGAGAGCGAGUGCACCUGCCAGAACAGGUCGAGGCCCUCGCAGACACACAGUACCAGCGCAACCGCAGCUUCAGCUCACUCUACCUCUACUUUCAACGGCUCUACGACGGCCUCGGCGGGGAACGCGAGCAGCUUGCAGUCGCUCAGGAUCAAGCUCACCCUUCCCCCGAACCUCAAGCAUCGCCCGCACUCUGUCAGCGGUGUGAAUCCGUCUCGAAACCAUGUCGCGUCUUCAUCAUCCACAGCAACCGAACAGUUACCGCAUCCACUUCCCACAGGGUUCAGCGCCCAUCAUUCAGCGCUUGGUGCCGUAGACCCUUCCGCUCCAAAACGCAGAGGCCGUCCCCCGAAGGCUGUCGUCGCUGCACGAGAAGCAGCAAAAGCGGCACUCGCUGCUCAGAAUGCGUUCGGCGGCGCAUCCGCCGGAAGAGGCGCACCGGCGCAGGCGUAUACUGGGAAGGGCAAGCAUCCUGCCAAAUGUAUGCCUUCGAAGAGGCCGUCGACGACCGUCAAGAAGGCGCCCAAGCAGAGGGGCAAAACCACGACCGACCGCAAACUCGUGAAGGGCCUGCCAAGAUCGCUCUCCUCAGCCGACUACAGCGACGAUGGCCACUCGACGAAGUACCCGACGUUCGUCUCUGCGGCGUCGAGCUCGUCGCCGAGCAGCUCGUCUGAGUCAUCUGACUCCGAGUCUUCGCUGUCUUCUCUCGACUCGGAUAUCGAAGAAGAGACGCGCCUCAUUGUGCAGGGGGAGGCGAGUAAGUCUCAGACGCGGAAGGCAUCGGGCUCAGAAGGCACGCAUAAGAGGUGGGAGAUACGCCCUCGGCAGAGGAGCGUAGGUUUAGGUCAUGAGGGCGCAGACGUCGAGAGCGACGCUAGCAGUGAGGGCGGAAGUGAUGGUUCAGGGGAAGACACAGAUGAUGAAGAUGAUGCAGAGGAAGACGUAGACGCUGAUACGGAAGGAGGUGGGCUUGAGGACGUGGACCUCGAUGAUGACGACGAGACCAGCAGCAGAAUCGGCAUCACCUUCAGCGACGGAAGAGGCGCUGGCUGGAGUGACGACGAGGAGGAGUCCUUCGAUGCCGACUUGUUCUUCGCGAACUUGGACGGGUCGUCCGACUCUGACUCUUCGCCGGAACCUCAGGGCCACGAUGUCUUCGAGCCCGCGUCGGAUUUCGAGCUCUCAGGCUCGUUGUCGACUGACGAAGAAGACGCGCUGCUGCUGAUGGAUCUUGACCCCUCGGUGCAAGUCCGGCGGAGUCAGGGGGAAUUCGAGUUCGGCCUGGAACUGGGAGAACUGUCUUUUGGCUGGGACGGCCAGGUAUUUUUCACGAGCACCACGCCGCAACACACGCGCGACUUCGGCUUACAUUUCCAAGACGACGUCCAGAUGCACGAAGAAACAGAGGACGAACUGCAGGAGGAGUCUGCCUCAACUGAGGACGAAUCGGAGACCGUAGACGAGGUUAUGCUGGACGAAAGCGACGGCGAGACAACGGAGGACGAGCUCAUCGGCCCUGACGGUCUACCAAAUUCGCGCGCCAUGAUGCUCUUCCGUUGGCCGACGUCCGUCUCCACCGUCAACCCUCAGUCAACUGUCAGCCAGUCUGCAAGCCCAGCGCCGCAGGUGCCCCCGAACGCGUCGGAGAGCCUGCGCAUCGCCCUGGCGUCAUACGCUGGCCAUCAGGGAUCCCCUGCUCCCACGCCCGCCGACAUCCUCGCGGGCAGAGUAUCUGUGGAGGAGAUGGAGGAAAUGGAGAUGGAGAGAUCUUAUGCUCGUUCGCAGACACCUGCCAGGAACCGAGCGGGUGGCGCCCCCGCAAUGGGAGAGUUCGUCUCGGGCGGCCCAAGCUCCCAAGCGUCUGCGAUCAUCGACGGUAUGAGCCCUUCCAUCCCAAGCCCAUUCCCGAGGUCGAACACAGCCCGCAAACGGCGUCGUUCUACGACGAUGGCCGACUCGAACGAUCUUUCCUCUGCCGUUGGCGAGACUCCCUCCGACUCUGUUCUGUCACCCACCCAGUCGUCUGAGGAGGCCGUGCCAGAGUCCCAGCUCGAGACACCCGAAAUGUCGUCCGCCGAGGUCAUCGAUCUCGACGAUGUUCUCGAUUCCUCCUUCCUCGACUCCGAUCCCAUUGAACCGGAACAUGAAGCACAAUACUGCGGAGAGCCCUCCAUGACGAGCUCUUCACCGGGUGGUGCGCUCCUGAGCAGGUGGGACCGUAUCCCCAUGGCCACGUUCCGUAGGACUCGAGAGUUCAACAAGCUGGAUGGGUACGCCUCGGACACUGGUCUCAGCGUCUUUGGUGGCAUGGGUUCCAUCGACGCGCUCCUUACCCCGACCAAGACAGCCGAAAAGAAACCCGCGUCGACUCGCAAGCGCGGGAAAACCAAGGGGACAGGCUCUCCCGGCUCCCCAUUCGAUCUGUCGACUCGCGACGGCGACCGUACGCCGACGUCUACGAGUCCGCAGCACGGCUUGCGCCCGUCAAAGAAAGAGUUGCGGAGAGAGAAGGCAAUGAUGAAGCGGAAGAUGAUGAGCAAGCCCCUUCCGCCACGUCACCAAGCUCAAUUCCGCGCUCACAAUCAUCACCCAAACUACAAGUCUCGCGCAUCAGGCUCGACGCAACGCAUAAAUAGCUUCGCUGGUUCGUCAUCCCCAUCUUUUGGCCCGUGAAUUAUCCCAGGCAACAUUGUAUCCGCCCGUACGACGGGCCAUUCGCGGCAUGUAGGUGCCGUUGUCCAUAGCUGUAAUCAUCUUGUAUGGUCGUUCGUUUCCUUCGUCUCCUAAUCCCAUCCAUCCACUCCCAUUCGCUCCCAUCAAUCCCUCUCUCUGAUCCUAUGUCUCGUAUCCAAGGCUCUUGGUUCCAAUGCUGUAUGUACCUGCAAGUCAACACCAUGGUUCGGCUAAUGAAAGAACUGGAUUUCAUGUGGAAA